AUGUCGAACGUUUUCGGCGUUGAUAUUGAUGAGCUGGCAUCAGUUUUUGAGGACAAAGGAACAGGAGAAAUUCCGAUUGCGCUAGUAAAAUCAAAAGAUGCUGGGCAGGUGGAUGAAGAAUUCGAGAAGAAAAAACGAAAGGUGGAGGAGAAUCUAAGGGAACACAUAAACAUUUCCACCAAAGAAGAACAUGUAGAGCCAUCUAAGGACCCCAAAUUGUCAUCGGUGCUGGAGUCAACGCUGUCAAAGGCCCCACGAAUCAAGAUUUACAAAAUUCCAGCCCCUAGCACCUGCACCCACGAAGUAGCAUAUCCCCCGGGUAUACCGUUUAAGAGGUUGGAAGUGAUUUCUGAACCCAAGAUUCUAACGUUUCCAUUCACUCUGGAUCCGUUUCAAAGCCAGGCCCUGCUUUGCAUUGACAACAAUGAAUCCGUAAUGGUUUCAGCUCAUACAUCUGCUGGCAAGACAGUUAUUGCCGAAUAUGCGAUCGCCAAGGCACUGCGAGACAAGCAGCGUGUUAUUUACACAACUCCCAUUAAGGCCCUUAGCAAUCAGAAGUAUCGAGAGUUCUCGGAGGAAUUUCCGGAGGUCGGUCUCCUAACUGGUGAUGCUACAAUCAACAUUAAUGCUAGUGUUCUCAUCAUGACCACCGAAAUUUUGCAGUCCAUGCUCUAUCGAGGCUCUUCCAUAAUGCGCGAGGUGGGGUGGGUGGUUUUUGAUGAGAUUCACUACAUGCGUGACCCGGAACGAGGUGUGGUGUGGGAGGAAUCGCUGGUGCUGCUGCCUGAUUGCGUGCGCUUUGUCUUCCUCUCCGCCACAACACCCAACGCGCGCCAGUUUGCUGAGUGGAUCGCCUUCCUCCACGCUCAGCCGUGCCACGUGGUCACCACAGAUACUCGACCUGUGCCUCUGCGACACUACAUAUACCCCCUUGGUGGCGAUGGCCUCUACCUUGUUCUCAACGAGGGGAAUUAUAUAGAGGAGAAUUUCCGAAAAGCCAUGGCCUCCUUCCCCAAGCAGAAGGAACUUGGCGGUCCAGGUACCAGUCGUGCCAAAACGGGUCCUAUGAGCAAAAAGACGGAGGACAACGUGUCUAAGAUGGUGCGUUUGGUGAAAAAGCACAAUCUCGAACCUGUCAUCGUCUUCUGUUUCAGCAGGAAGGAAUGCGAAAUCUACGCCCUCAAGAUGUCCGAAUGUGACUUCAUCACGCCUGCAGAUAAGAACGUAGUGGAGGAGGUCUUCAAGAACGCUAUAGGUGGACUCUCUCCGGAGGAUCGCUGUCUGCCGCAGGUGGAAAGUGUCCUGCCUCUUCUCAAGAAAGGCAUCGGUAUUCAUCACGGCGGCCUUUUACCAAUUCUCAAAGAGACUGUCGAGAUUCUCUUCGGAGAGGGCCUAAUGAAGUGCCUCUUUGCUACUGAGACCUUUGCGAUGGGUUUGAAUAUGCCUGCCCGUACCGUGGUUUUCACCUCAGUGCGCAAAUAUGACGGUGUCAACUACCGUUGGAUCACAGCUGGUGAGUAUAUUCAAAUGUCAGGCCGAGCAGGCCGAAGGGGCAAGGAUGCAAGCGGCACGGUUAUAUUGAUGGUGGAUGAGACCCUCACGGAGCAGGCGGGUCACGCCAUCCUGCAGGGUAAACCCGCACCCCUCAACUCCGCCUUCCACAUCACCUACAAUAUGUUGCUGAAUCUUCUGAGAGUGGAGGAAAUCAAUCCCGAAUAUCUGAUGGAGCGCAGCUUCUGCCAGUUUCAAAACUACUCCCGUCUUCCCGAACUCUCUGAAGAGCUGAAUCGGUUGCAGACGGAGCUCAGUACCACAGUGUUGGAAGAAGAAAAGGCAGUGGAGUCCUAUCGGAAGAUUCAACUGUGCCUUCAGGAAAUCGUUGAACAACAAUGGCGGUAUAUUCGACGUCCGGAACAUAUUGUCUCCUUUUUGCAGCCUGGUCGCCUUGUUAAGAUCGAGUCGGAGGGUGAUGAUUAUGGCUGGGGGGUGGUGAUAAAUCUGAAGAAGCGUCAGCGCAAUGACCGCGUCUCCGCGCUGGAGACUUUCUAUGUCCUCGACUGUCUCCUGGCCACUCGCCCUACUGCCGACACUGCUGGCGCAGAUGAAGCCCCAUCCACCUCAGCACCGAAAUCGGCUGAAAUCCUGCCCGUCCGACUGGAUUGCGUAUGCGGCAUCAGCGCGGUGCGACUAAUGGUGCCCCAGGAUCUGCGCUCACCAGAAGCACGUAGUCUCCUCUACGCCUCCAUUGAAAAGGUCAAGACGAAACUUGGCGUCGCUGAUUUGCCUCAUCUCGAUCCCGUGAGGGAUAUGCAUAUCACGGAUGCUAAGUUCAAGGAGAUCACUGAGAAGGCGCGCCUUUUUGAGCAGCGUCUUGAAGCCCAUCCCCUUCAUAAAUCUCCCCGCUUGCCCGAACUUCUGGGUGCCUACGAGCGCCGCGAGGCGCAGCGGCGUCGCAUUGAUGAGGUGACUCGCAGUCUCACACAGAAGGUCUCUCUCAUCCAAAUGGAUGAUUUGGUGGGACGCAAACGCGUCCUUCGGCGACUGGGUUUUUGCAACGAGCACGACGUCAUUGAGCUGAAGGGCCGGGUGGCUUGCGAAAUUACAUCAGCGGACGAGCUGGUGCUCACGGAGCUUCUCUUUGAGGGCAUCUUCAAUCGUCUCUCGGCUGAGCAAGUCGCUUCCCUUCUCUCCUGCUUCGUCUUUGAUGAGCGCGCCUCCGAAAUGCCCAAACUCUCAGCCGAGAUGGCUGAUGCCCUUCGCACUUUGCAGGAUAUUGCACGACGGAUUGCGCGGAUUAGCAGGGAGUGCCAUCUGCCAGUGGACCCAGACUCCUACGUGGACUCCUUCAAACCGUAUCUGAUGGACUUGGUGUUGUCAUGGGCACAUGGCGCUACUUUUGCCAGUGUCUGUGCGGGCACCGACCUCUUCGAAGGAACCAUCAUUCGUUGCCUGCGCCUGCUUGAGGAACUCCUCCGCCAAAUGACCAAUGCUGCUCGGACCAUCGGCAAUGCUGUCCUCGAAGCCAAAUUCAGUGAAGCCAUUGAAAAGAUUAAACGCGAUAUUGUUUUCGCCGCUAGUCUCUACCUCUAG